CGCGCUUCCUGCGGGUGGCGUUAAGAGCGCGAGCUCCGGAGGGCAACAGCGGCGUGCGAGGAGCGCAGCGGCGUGGGAGGACCGCGGUGUAUGAGGGUGACAGCUGCGUGAGGAACACGCUGGCGGCCGUGAUGAAGGCGGGCGACCAGGAGCCGGGGAGCCCGUGGGACGAGUGCUUUGAGGCGGCGGUGCAGCUGGCCCGGCGCGCUGGACAGGUCAUCAGAAAAGCUCUCUCUGAGGAAAAACGUGUCUCGACAAAGACAUCGGCAGCGGACCUCGUGACUGAGACAGACCGCCUGGCGGAGGAGCUGAUCGUUUCGGAGCUGCGAAAGCAGUUUCCUUCACACACGUUCAUUGCAGAGGAGGCCACAGCCGCUGGGGCCAAGUGUGAGCUCACCUCCAGCCCCACCUGGAUCAUUGAUCCCAUCGAUGGCACCUGCAACUUCGUGCACAGGUUCCCCGAGGUGGCAGUCAGCAUCGGAUUUGCUGUUCACAGAGAGCUGGAGUUCGGUGUGGUUCACCACUGCAUGGAGGAGCGGCUGUACACCGCCCGUAGGGGCCACGGCGCCUUCUGCAAUGGCCAGCGAUUGUGUGUCUCGGGGGAGACAGAUCUCUCCAAGGCCCUGAUUCUGACGGAAAUCGGUGCCAAGCGGGACCCCGCCACGCUGAGGCUGCUCCUGAGCAACAUGGAGCAGCUGCUACUCGCCAAGGCCCACGGGAUCCGGGUCAUCGGCAGCUCCACCUUGGCGCUCUGCCGCCUGGCCGCAGGGGCUGCUGAUGCCUAUUACCAGUUUGGCCUGCACUGCUGGGACCUGGCAGCUGCCACAGUCAUCAUCAGAGAAGCAGGCGGCACUGUAAUAGACACCACAGGUGGACCCCUUGACCUCAUGUCACGCAGAGUGGUUGCCGCAGGUACCCAGAAGAUGGCCACACUUGUUGCCCAGGCCUUACAGCCGAUCAGCUGCGGGCGGGACGACUGAGGACCAGUCCCACCCAGAGCAGCUCUGUCGGCCCAGGCUGCACACCCAGUCGUCACUAGCCACCGGCCUCUCCAGGGCCAGGCGUCCUACCGGUCUCUCUCUGGUGCCCCCAAAGUCUCAGGUUCUGAGCAUCCCCCAGGGCCAGCCCCGGCCUGUAGGGAAUGCACAUUGUUCACCCAGCCUCAGGUAAUGCAUAGAAAACGCAGGGCCCUGCUGUCCUCAGGGCAC